AUGGUUAUCAAGCUUGUCACUCGAAACUUACGACUUAGCACUACGUUUGGAAUAUCAAUAUACUGUUUCUGUCUGUCUGUCUAUUUUAUAAAAACUGCUAUCUAUCUAUCUAUCUCAGUCCUUUUAAUAUCUAUCUAUCUAUCUAUCUAUCUAUCUAUCUAUCUAUCUAUCGUCCCUUUUAAUAUCUUCCUUUUAAUAUCUAUCUAUCUAUCUAUCUAUCUAUCUAUCUAUCUAUCUAUCUAUCUAUCUCAUCCUUUUAAUAUAUAUCUAUCUAUGUCAAUCCUAAUAUAUAUCUCUCUGUUUCCUUUUAAUAUCUAUCUAUCUAUCUAUCUAUCUAUCUAUCUAUCUAUCUAUCUAUCUAAGUCCUUUGCAUAUCUAUCUAUCUAUCUAUCUAUCUAUCUAUCUAUCUAUCUAUCUAUCAAUUUCUGUCACUUUAAUAUCUAUCUAUCUAUCUAUCUAUCUAUCUAUCUAUCUAUCUAUCUAUCUAUCUAUCUAUCUAUCUAUGUCCUUUGCAUAUCUAUCUAUCUGUCUAUCUAUCUCCCUAAGUCAUUUUCAUAUCUAUCUGUCUAUCUAUGUAUCCAUGUAACUCAUUUUCACAUCUAUCUAUCUAUCUAUCUAUCUAUCUAUCUAUCUAUCUAUCUAUCUAUCUAUCUAUUUAUCCUUUUCAUAUAUAUCUAUCUAUCCUUUUCAUAUAUAUCUAUCUAUCCUUUUUUAUCUUUGUAUCUAUCUGUCUAUUUACCUAACGUCUUUUCACAUCUAUCUAUCUAUCUAUCUAUCUAUCUAUCUAUCUAUCUAUCUAUCUAUCUAUCUAUCUAUGUAAGUCUUUUCAUAUCUAUCUAUCUAUCUAUCUAUCUAUCUAUCUAUCUAUCUAUCUAUCUAUCUAUGUCAGUCGUUCUAAUAUCUAUCUAUCUGUCUACUUUUAAUGUCUAUCUGUCUAUCUAUCUAUCUGCGUCCUUUUCAUAUCUAUCUAUCUAUCUAUCUGACUGUCUAUCUAUCUCUAAGUCAUUUUCAUAUCUAUCUAUCUAUCUAUCUAUCUAUCUAUCUAUCUAUCUAUCUAUCUAUCUAUCUAUCUCAGUCCUUUUCAUAUCUUGCGAUGUACCUAAGUACUUUUCAUAUCUAUCUAUCUCUGACGCAUUACGGGCGUCCGGCGACGGCGAACGAAGGCCGGCCAACAAAUGCGACGAACUUACGCCCUUAGUUUCCAAGGCGCCUUACGGGCGUCCGGCGACGGCGAACGAAGGCCAUCGACGGAUUUACGCAUUUGCAUUCCAAGGCGAAUUACGGCCGUCCGGCGAACGAAGGCCGGCCAACAUCUGCGACGGACUUAUGCAUUUAUAUUCUAAGGCGCAUUACGGGCGCCCGGCAACGGCGAACGAAUUCUGGCCAAUAACAACUACGAACAUACCAUCUGAGGCGCAUUACGGCUGUCCGGCGACCGUGAACGACUCUCUUACAGCUAAUUGA